AUGCGGCUGAAGCUCCUCGAUGGGGUGCUGCUGCGAACGACGGCUGGAAUUCGAAGGUUCUCGGAGUCUGAUGGUGCCGCUGACCGGCUGGAGUUUCCCGUCAACAGGAGGACGAUGCUUGGACUUGAACGGAGAUGGUUGAGGACGCUGGUUAAGGGGCUCUGUAGUUCAGGGUGGUCGCGAUUCUGGCCGGUUCGAGCGCAGAGGUCGCGGUCCGUCGCUGGUAAAGUUUGCUGGAGGCCCAUGAAAGAAACAGAGCACCCUGGAAAACGAGUUGUCGGACGCUUGGCGUGGUCGGAGGAAGGUCGUUGGUCGAAGCCUUGGUCGCCGGUCGGAGUGCUUCAAUCGGGGAACGAAACUCGCCUCGCGGGGGUCGCUCAACGUCGCUGGGAAAAACGCUGGUUCCUGCAACCUGCUCAGACGUGA